AUCCCCAAGGCACCUACCUGGGUGCCUCCAGGGGUCAAGAGGAUUGGGGAGAAGGAGCACAUUAGCGCGCAUGCCCGGAGAGGUGGGCAUUGUCACGUGUACUGGCGCUGGCCCCGCCCCCUGACUCUCUAGGGUGUACCCGGAGGGGGCAGGCAGUCUGGGGAACUGGAGUCUGCGCUGCGGCUGCAGGGAAAGAGUGGGUGCGUCCUGCAGUCCCAGUGGGCUCCUGUCACCUUUCAGGACCUCAGUCCUAGCCCUCGGGAGGGUCCCCUCGCCCCAGGAGCCCUACCCUGACUGGCGCUCCGCCCCCAGGCAGCACCGGCCCACCAUCAGCAGUCCCUCUCGAUGGAAGUCCUGGACGAGUACGACAACGAAUUUCCCCAGAGUGUGACCUUCUGCCAGCUCAUCUCCGAGGACGACUUCGAGAGGCAAGCAGCGACCUACACAGAGCGCUCUCUGCGCCGUCUCUUCCGCACCUUGGAUCGUAACCCAGCGCUGGCGGAGAGGGUCGUGCGCAAGGGCAAGCAGACUGAGAUCGAGCAGCGAGGACUCCUCUCCUGCCUCUGGGCGAAGUUUGUCUGCGCUGUCCAGGGGGAACUGAACCAGUGCAACAGUAUGGGUGCCCUGGAGAUGCAUCAGCGCCUGGAGCAGCUGAAGAGGCGCAUCCACCGUGUACACCUGUAUUCCCAGGGUUCCAAGAAGAGGAGGAAGAAGCCAAAACUAAAGAAAGCAGAUCCAGUCCUCCUCCAUGACCGGUCAACCUCCCCAUGCCUGCCACCAGCCCCGUUACCACCUCCACUGCCACCACCGCCGCCACCGCCACCCCCUGUCACCACCAUGGCCUCUGUAGUGGCUGCAUCACCCUCUGUCUACACUAUGCCCAGGGUCUUUGGUCCCUUUCCUCCAAUGUCUGGGAAGCCGAUGGAGAAACUGGAUAUUUCAAGGUCUGAAGUGAAAUUAAGCUGGAAUGGUCUUUCAUCGACUUCAAAGAGCCACAUGGUCGAUCUGACCCCCUUGGUCCUCAACCCCGGAGGCUUCCAUUUCUCGUACUUGACAGCAAACAGUGCACACAAGUUCCAUUGUCCUGGCUUCCCCUGGACAACAGCCUGUAGUGAACCCUCCAACACUGAUGAUACUCCAUCUCCUGUCGUGAAAGCUUCCAUCUUCACCCCGCCUGUUCUACUCAAGUUCCAGCCUGUGCCUAGACCUAAAGACGAUUCUGAGAAUGACCCCGGCAGUGCAGAGUCCAUCCCUGCCAAGAAGAGCGAGUAGCCUCUUCCCUACAGACCAUGCCCCAGGAAUGAAUAAAAUUCCCACAGAGGU